UUCCGUGCCUCUAGUUGAUCCGGAACACAGCGGCUCGGUGUCCGCUCUCACUACACUCAAAGAAGACUACACGAUAGCUGAGAGCUUUAUCACUAUUUAGUUGUUGCUUCUGAACAAAACUGAAUUACGUUGGUGGAUCAUUAAGGUCGAACAUGAGGAGACUCACUAAGAAGAAGGCUUUGCAUUUGGUGAAGGGUUUGGAUGCUUUCCCCAAAGUACCAGAUAGCUAUGUCGAAACCACAGCCAGCGGUGGAACAGUGUCUCUGAUGGCCUUCACCUUUAUGCUCAUACUCGCCUUCCUGGAGUUCUUUGUCUACAGAGAAACCUGGAUGCAUUAUGAAUAUGAAGUUGAUAAAGACUUUAAGAGCAAACUGAGACUUAAUGUUGAUAUAACAGUGGCAAUGAAAUGUCAAUAUAUAGGAGCAGACGUGUUGGAUUUGGCUGAGACCAUGGUUGCCUCAGAUGGUUUAAAUUAUGAACCGGUCAACUUUGAACUAUCGCCUCAGCAGAGGUUCUGGCACAUGACGCUGCAGCACAUCCAGGAGAGGCUACGAGAGGAGCAUUCUCUCCAGCACGUUCUCUUCAAGUCUCUGAUGAAGGACUCUCCCAGCUCUCUACCCCCCAGGGAGGACCACCCUAGCGCGCCCCAAGCUGCCUGCAGGAUACACGGGCACCUGUACGUCAACAAGGUGGCCGGAAACUUCCACAUCACUGUGGGAAAGGCUAUCCCACAUCCCAGAGGACAUGCUCACCUGGCGGCCCUCGUUAGCCACGACUCCUACAAUUUUUCCCACCGUAUCGACCAUCUUUCUUUUGGAGAAAAACUGCAUGGAACCAUCAACCCCCUGGAUGGGACGGAGAAGAUCUCCCCUGACCAUAACCACAUGUUCCAGUACUUCAUCACCAUAGUCCCCACCAAACUCAACACCUACCAGAUCGCCGCUGAUACACACCAGUACUCCGUCACUGAGCGCGAGCGGCCGAUCAACCACGCUGCAGGCAGUCACGGUGUGUCUGGGAUCUUCAUGAAGUAUGACAUCAGCUCUCUGAUGGUCCGCGUCACAGAGCAGCACAUGCCCUUCUGGAAGUUCCUGGUGCGCCUUUGUGGCAUCGUCGGAGGAAUCUUCUCCACCACAGGCAUGCUUCAUGGAAUGAUGGGCUUCCUGCUGGAUGUAUUGUGUUGUCACUUUCAACUAGGACUUUACAGACUUAAGGAGGACCCACUUCUGGACCAGCAUGCUGGAAAGGACAAUGUGAUUCCCGCAGUUGGCCCCUCCCCCCUCCCUAACACACACGCUCCCUCCAGCCCUCUCGUUCUGGAGGAAAGCGUAUCCUAAGAUGAAGGAUGGAUUGAUUCAGUGAUCGUUUACACUUUUUUUAUAUUUAUACUUUUUUAUUUGGUUAAAACAAACAUUUGGAUAGCACAACAAAUGUCCAUUCCUGAAAGUGUGUGGAAAGACCAUCAGUUACCUCACCUGGCUCACCACUGGGCAGCGGCAGCAGAUGUCAUGUUUAAAGAAAUUAAUUACAAUCGUUUCAUUUUUAGACCAUC